GGUUGGGGGGGGAGCAUUUCGACCCGACUCCUGUCAGUGCAUCGAGGCCUACGGCGGCGCUCUCCGCAAACCGUAUCCAAAGCAGCCGCUGAAACAACGAUGGCAUCGGAGGAGCUGGCGAAGAAACUCCAGCGCCGUUUGGACGCCGAGCAGCGGACACCGUCGGACGACGUCGCGGAGGCAGCGCCGGCGAAACCCGGGAACCCCGAGCCGCUGAGAAAAGCGGCUCCGACCAACGACGACGACGGCGGCGGCGGCGCAUCCGAACUGAGCGCCAAACUGAGCCGGCGGCUAGACAUCAACGACGGCACCGCUGCGCCCAAGCACAACAAGGUGUUCAACCCCUACACGGAGUUUAAAGAGUUCUCCCGCAAACAGAUCAAGGACAUGGAGAAGAUGUUCAAGCGGUUUGACUCUGGUAAGGAUGGCUUCAUUGACCUGAUGGAACUGAAACUGAUGAUGGAGAAGCUGGGAGCUCCUCAGACCCACCUGGGGCUUAAGAAUAUGAUCAAGGAAGUGGACGAAGACUUUGAUGGCAAGCUCAGCUACAGAGAGUUUCUUCUCAUCUUCCGGAAAGCUGCAGCUGGGGAGUUGCAGGAGGAGAGUGGCCUGAUGGCCCUGGCGAGGUUGUCGGAGAUUGAUGUCUCUGCUCAGGGAGUGAUGGGAGCCAAGGAUUUCUUUGAAGCCAAGAUGCAAGCUCUUUCCGUGGGUAGCAAGUUUGAGGCUGAGAUCCGAGAGGAGCAGGAGGAGCUCAAGAGACAGGAGCUGGAGAGAAAGCAGAGACGCGCCGCGUUCAAAGAGCUACAGUCCACUUUCUGCUCAUGACCCAGUCUACGCAACGAGGACACCACCACGCACAUGCACAGGUCUGGGCGUUCACGUUCACCUGGAAGAUGUUGGAAAUGUUUUCACAGUAAGCCACCAAUUUAGUCGAUAGCUUUGCGCAAAUGUUUUCAAUUUAUGCAAGAACGGUGGCUAUUUGUGAGAACUUUUCCUGCAUCGCAAGGAAAAUUCACAGUUUAUCAAAUGAUAUAUCUUUUAUACCUUUAAGUCUCUCUAAACUAGUUUGUGAUGUCAAGCCACUUUCUCGAGCUGCUCCAGUGAUGAUGUGUAGAAUAACUGUAUUCGAACAGCAAUAACAUAUUUCCCUCUCGGAUUACUUUAAUUCUCAGCAGUGUAGCUUUGGAGGUGAUAGUUGAUUUAUGUUCACAAAUGUUUUUUGAUGUGUUGAAGAUCAUUGACAUAUUGAAUUUGAUUUUUGUGUUUUAGUAAUCCCCCUUAGAAAUUACACUGAUAUUGUCUUCCAUUGCAUUGAUUUCCUAUGUUAACCAUCAUCUUCGAUUGUCUCCAAUAACUGGCUUUUUUUCUUUCCUUCAGCAGCCUCUUAUAAUAUUGCCAAGGUACCAGCUAACUAAAGUAGAUCCACUUUGUUCCUUUCUGUGGCUCACUCUUAAUGUAAUUUCUUAAUGUUACUGAUAAGGGGUCAAAGCUAGCCAUGCUUAGAUAUCUCAAUGCCAGAUGUCGGCCAACAGACUCGCCCAGCAAAGAAUUAAAAUGGGGUAUCGGUGGGAAAAAUUUGCUUCAAGGGAGUUGAAAACAGUGAGGGUGUAUCUGCUGUUUUCUAAUGACAAUUGAUUCGACCAACAGGCGGCAAUUUGAGCUGUAUGUUUCGAAAGAGGAAUUGUGAGGAUAUUUUAUUUGUGUGUGUGUGUGUGUUGGGAGGGGAGGGGGGGA